GAGGCGCUGUCACCAGGCGAGGGCGAGGCCUCUCCGCCCUUCCUAGGCCAGCGGGAGCGGGAGCGGGGCCGCCUCCUCCUCUCCAGGAAGCAGUAAGCGGCGAGGAGGGCCCUGCCGGACUCCACCCUCUGCUUCCGCACUGCUGCAGAUAUAACCCGGAAUCCAGUGGUCGGACAGUUGGAGUAGAUUACUCAGCUAUGGACAGGAAUCCAUCACCCCCUUCCAGUGAUUCAGAAGAAGAGGCAGUAGUUGCUGGAGAUUCCAUUGGAAAUACCGUUUAUAGCAAGCACUGGCUGUUCAGUGUCCUUACAAAACUAAUUGAAUUUCUCACUCCCCAGAAGGAUGAUGCUUCUGAGUUAAACAACGUGGAAGAAGAGGUAGAGUUAGAAGAAGAUAUGGAGAAUGUCAUUUGCAAAGUAUGGGAUAUGUCAAUGGAUAAGGAUGUGGCUUUAUUUCUACAAGAGUUUAACGCCCCUGAUAUAUUUAUGGGUGUAUUUGCCAAGUCUAAGUGUCCUCGACUUACUGAAAUCUGUGUUGGAAUAUUGGGUAACAUGGCCUGUUGCCAAGAAGUAUGCAUGUCUAUUAGUAAUGAUGAGAACCUUGGACAGAUGGUGCUGCAGCGUUUAUGUGAUUCUGAUUCUCCAACCCUGCUUGAAACAAGCAGGUUACUGCUGACUUGCCUCUGCCAAUCUGAAGUGGCUGAUAUUUGGGUGAAAAGAAUUCGAGAAAAUCCAUUGGUGUAUGAUUGUACCUGCUUUAUUAUGUCUAGUUCUACAAAUGUGGAACUGCUGGUGAAAAUAGGUGAGGUGGUCGAUAAAUUGUUUGACUUAGAUGAAGAACUAAUGUUAGACUGGAUUAAAAAAGGUUCUCAGUGGUCAGUGACACAGCCUGUGGAUGAUUCGUCCAAUGAACAUCAAGUUAUUAAGAUUGUGCCUUGUCUGCUUGAAGCUACAAAACAAAUUAGGUCAGAGAAACAUUCCGAAGGACUUGAUGUUUACAUGCAUAUCCUACAGCUCCUCACGACUGUGGAUGAAGGCAUUCAAGCAAUUGUACAGUCUCCUGAUAGUGGAAAAGAAACUUGGAGUUUGUUGUGUGAUCUGUUUUGUUCUGAAAUCUGCCAGCCAGAUGAUCCAUCAAUUAUUGUUCAAGAACAGAAGACUGUGUUGGCUUCUAUAUUGUCUGUUUUAUCAGCCAUCUUUUCUUCACAGACUAAACAAGAAUUUGUCAAGAUACAAAAAAAUAUGCCUCUGAUUGAUAGCUUGAUAAGAGUCUUACGAAACAUGGAUGAAUGUGUAAAGAGAUCUGGAGUCAACUUAAACAAAUCCAAAUCAGAGGAGCCUGAAAAGUUGGGAAUAGCUGAGGAAGAUUGCCAUUUAAAAAUCGUGAAGGACAUCUGUUGUGAGUUACUCUCCACUAUGCUUCUGGAAAUGUCAAAGGAAAACAUACUGGAGGGGCUCAAACAGGGCCAUUUGAAUGAAGAGAAAUGUUCCUGUGUAUUUCAAAACCUCCUCCCUGAGUAUUUAUCUUCGGUAAAGAGUUUUCUUGUAGUGCUGCAUGAAGUUGAUCACACCCUUGCUGACAGCUUAGAGAACAACUUCCCAAGCUUGAAAUUACAGACAUAGGAGCACAUAUACCAUAUUUUCUUGCUGGAAGAUUUUGAAUUUUUUACUACUGUGUAAGAAAGUAAUGUGACAAUGUUUUUUUUUAAGUUUAAAUCCUCUGUUGCUUAAAAUUGUUAGCAAGGAAAAUAAGAUGAGAAUGGAAAUGAUGGAGAAUGGCAUAAAGGACAACUUAAUAAGCACCUGAAAUAUUUGUUUUUAUGGAAUAAGUUUAAAUGAGAAGACAACACAAACAUAGUUUUAUAUGUUAAUAGCCAUCGGUGUUGCGAAUCUUAGUGUUCUUGCUGAAAUAAUGAAAUAGUUUCAUAUAUUUUUGAAGAGUGUUGAAUUAGCUAUAAAUAGUAAUACUGGUUAAGAAAUCUAGUAGUUUUUGUUUCUGUCAUAGAAAGAAGACAGAACAUGACAGAUGAGGGGGAACCAAACACACUCUGUUUGGUGGACCAAGCACAGCCCCUUCAUAUGUUGUUGGAUUGUAAUUCCCAGCAUUCCUCAGCACUGGCUAUGGAUAAUGGGAAUUAUGCAAAAUAGUGUACUAGUAUUUAAUUUUCUGAAGGGCUAUAAUUAUAACUGGUCAAAGAGCUGCUUUUUGCAGGCCUCAUUAGCCAUAGAAUUUUAGCUGUGAAACAAAUUUAAAUUAAUGAGCUCAGAAUAUCAUACCAUGACCAGGAUCCAGCUAGGAACAACUAUUCCAUUUGUACACAGAAUGUUAAUGCUACAACUCUCCCCCUGAAUGUCCAAAGCUCCCUUUUAAUAUGAAAAGGAUCCUUCAGGAAAGUGACACAUAUAAUAAAAUAGGAUACUGGUAGAAGGAUUUUUUUUGUCACUCCCAUAUGUGAAUGGAAACAAAUUUGGAUUUCAUACAGGCAUUUUAAUACUAAAACAAGUAUUGAUAUCUGUUUUGUAUGUAUAUUUAGUUUUAUGAUAGUUUUUAUUAAACACAAUAAAAUAAUUUUGUAUAACUGUGUUAUGUCACAUUUGAUAAACUCUCUUGUUGAUGUAAUUCAAGAUAUAGCCGUAUUAGUCCGUAGUAUCAAUAUGUAGUACUAAGUGCAACUAAAGAAAGAAGCUGGCAUUUGUCUACUUGA